UAUAUGGAUUAGGGCCUUUUUCAUUUUCGUAUCUGAAACACAAUGAAGCGACGAAUUUCCGAAACUACUCAUAAAGAUCCAUCGCCGAUCAUCGGAGCAACUCUACCACAACAACCGGGUCGUCUCCGUGGAGUUCGGAGCCCCGAUUUCCGCAUUCCAAAUCCAACUUCCCAAUCAACCAAAGAUAUCAGCUGCAGAAAAAGAGUAAAGCUUUCAGAUCUUGAUGUCAAUAUUCUCUCAAGUUGCAGAAGAAAUGCCUCUUCCACAGCUUUAGAAGGAAGACAGAGUCCGAGAUCCAAUGAACCCAAAACUUCCGAAUUUGCAUUUUUUAAGAAAUACCAAUCCCAUACAUUGCAUAAAGAAGAAAACCAGUCAAAGAAGUUCAAAAUUAGUGACUGUUCUGGAGGAAACCCAAACAGUGUCAAAUUUAGCUGUAAGGACUUCAGUUCCUCAUUGCUUGCUGAAACCUAGUAACUUUAGCUCACACCUGUCACCUCUUGGUGGGGCAUCAAAGA